UUGAAAAAAAAUGUUUGAUGAAUUAUUGUUACGUUAUAUCGAUAAUGAGAAUCGAUGCAGUAUCCUUCGAUUUUGAUCUUGUUUAAAAAACAAUUAUUCGGUCGUUAAUUUGACUUUGGAAUUCGCUUUACCGCUCAACAAUAAGCUCUCCUCUUGGCUGGAGGAAAGAUCGAAGUUUUCAUCCAUCCACCCGUCACAUGCGCUGACGGAAGGGAGUGAGCGGUGAGCGUCAGGAAAAAGAGAGAGGAAUAAGUUUUGUCCAGACCACGGUAAAAAACACACAAUAUACAUAACCUCAAAAAAAAAACAAGAUUGUCCAAAUUGUUAACUAGUUGAAAAAAAAAAAGAAAAUCUAACGUGUGAAGUGGAAUUCAUGAAUUGACAAUGGGGAAAACUUCGAAAGACAAACGUGACAUUUACUACAGACGAGCAAAAGAAGAGGGCUGGAGAGCAAGAAGUGCAUUCAAGCUUUUACAGAUUGACAGAGAGUUUCACAUUUUUAAGGGAGUAACAAAAGCUGUCGACCUCUGUGCCGCUCCAGGAAGUUGGAGUCAAGUUUUAUCUCGAAAACUUAAAGAAAACAAUAAGGAUGGGGGGUCAGCGGAUCCUCAAAUCAUCGCCGUAGAUUUACAAGCCAUGGCUCCUUUAGAUGGAGUCGUACAAAUUCAAGGAGAUAUAACGAGUGUUUCAACCGCCGAACGCAUAAUUGCACAUUUUGGAAAUACUCAGGCAGAUCUUGUGGUUUGUGACGGUGCACCGGAUGUUACAGGACUUCACGACAUGGACAUUUACAUUCAAUCGCAACUACUUCUAGCUGCAUUAAACAUAACGACUCAUAUACUGAGGCCGGGUGGUACAUUCGUAGCAAAAAUAUUCCGCACCAAGGACAUAUCACUUCUGUACUCACAGAUAAAAUUGUUCUUCUCUCACGUGACGGCCGCUAAACCAAGUAGCUCGAGAAAUUCGAGCAUAGAGGCUUUCAUCGUUUGUCAGGAUUACAAACCGCCGGAAGGCUAUAAGCCUCACAUGCUCAAUCCACUUUUAACUCACGAACCAUUGAAUUUUGACGAAUUAACUGGGGUCAACAGAUACAUCGUGCCAUUUGUCGUUUGCGGGGAUCUCAGCCAACCAGACUCUGAUUCUUGCUAUCCGCUGAAGAUCGAUGGGAAGGAUUACGAGUACCACGAGCCCAACCAAUGUCCCCUGGAGCCGCCGUACGCAGAAGCUUCUGAUUUAUUGAAGAACGGGACUAUAGAUCUCAGGAAGCCAAAUUCCAGCGUCGUACGUCAUGACUUAGCGAAUAAAUUUUUAAAAGAUUUUAAACUCGAAGCUCUAGCCACAAAAUUGAAUUGCGAGUCAGAAGAUAAUAUAGAAAAUCUGCUAGAUCUCGAAAAAUUGAACGUUAGUAAUUAAUUUUAUGAAAAAUACAAAAGAUAAUUGCACCAGAUCA